CAGACCCACCUACGUAGUGCGUCCGGAGCAGAGCACUCCAAUCCGGUCCCGCUUCCGCGGCGUCCUCAGAACCGGAAAUAAAAUGCGCCGAGAAAAUAGGCCAAUCGGAAAACGAACCUUGCCUCCUCGGGCGGGAUGGAUCGGAGGCUGCCCUGGAAGCCAACCAGACGCCAAAGCUAGAAAGGGGUGGACCCUGGCUCCGCAUAGCUCUCGUUGCCGCCGCUGCUGCCACUAUCGCUGUCACUGUCUCUGCUGCCUCUGUCCAGCUGAAAUGACCGUGGGGAGGCCUGAGGGAGCCCCCGGAGGCGCGGAGGGGAGCCGUCAGAUAUUUCCCCCCGAGUCCUUCGCAGACACAGAGGCAGGAGAGGAGCUGUCUGGGGAUGGGCUGGUUUUGCCCAGGGCCAGCAAACUUGACGAGUUCCUCAGCCCAGAGGAGGAGAUAGAUUCUACUUCUGACUCAACUGGGAGCAUUUACCAGACCUUACAGGAACUGAAGCAGAAAGGCAGAUGGUGUCUGUUGGAGUCUCUCUUUCAGUCUGACCCAGAGAGUGAUGAAAACCUCUCUGAAGAUGAGGAGGACCUGGAGAGUUUCUUCCAAGACAAGGACAGGGGGAUGGUGCAGGUCCAGUGCCCCCAGGCUCUGAGGUGUGGCUCCACAAGGCGCUGCAGCUCCCUGAACAACCUUCCCUCCAACAUUCCCAGGCCUCAGACCCAGCCACCCUCAGGCUCCCGGCCUCCCUCCCAGCACAGAAGCGUCAGCUCCUGGGCAUCAUCCAUUACUGUCCCUCGGCCAUUCCGCAUGACGCUGCGCGAGGCCCGGAAGAAGGCCGAGUGGCUGGGCUCACCUGCCUCCUUUGAGCAGGAGAGGCAGCGGGCCCAGAGGCAGGGCGAGGAAGAGGCCGAGUGCCACAGGCAGUUCCGGGCACAGCCUGUGCCUGCACAUGUCUACCUGCCCCUCUACCAAGAGAUCAUGGAGCGCAGCGAGGCCCGAAGGCAGGCAGGGAUCCAGAAGAGGAAGGAACUGCUCCUCUCUUCUUUGAAGCCCUUCAGCUUCCUGGAGAAGGAGGAGCAGCUAAAGGAAGCUGCUCGACAGAGAGACUUGGCUGCCACAGCUGAAGCCAAGAUCUCCAAGCAGAAGGCCACCAGAAGGAUUCCCAAGUCCAUUCUGGAGCCAGCCCUUGGGGAUAAACUCCAGGAAGCUGAGCUCUUCAGGAAAAUUCGCAUCCAAAUGAGAGCCCUGGACAUGCUCCAGAUGGCCUCUUCCCCUAUCACCUCCUCUAGUAACCGGGCUAACCCACAGCCCCGCACAGCCACCCGAACCCAGCAGGAAAAGCUUGGGUUUCUGCACACUAACUUCAGAUUCCAGCCUCGGGUGAAUCCUGUGGUCCCUGACUAUGAGGGCCUUUACAAGGCCUUCCAGAGAAGAGCAGCCAAAAGAAGAGAAACCCAAGAGGCCACUCGCAACAAGCCCUUCUUGCUGAGGACCGCCAACCUGCGCCACCCUCAGCGGCCCUGUGAUGCUGCCACCACCGGAAGGAGGCAGGAUUCCCCACAGCCACCAGCUACACCCCUGCCAAGGAGUCAUUCUCUGAGCGGCCUUGCUUCCCUCUCUGCCAACACUCUCCCUGUGCACAUCACAGAUGCCACCAGGAAGAGGGAAUCUGCAGUCAGAAGUGCACUUGAAAAAAAGAACAAAGCAGAUGAGAGUAUUCAGUGGCUGGAGAUACACAAAAAGAAGUCUCAAGCAAUGUCCAAAUCUGUGACCUUGCGUGCAAAAGCCAUGGAUCCCCAUAAAAGCCUGGAGGAAGUGUUCAAAGCAAAGCUGAAAGAGAACCGGAACAAUGACCGUAAAAGAGCGAAAGAAUAUAAGAAAGAACUGGAAGAAAUGAAGAAGCGAAUACAAACAAGGCCCUAUCUCUUUGAACAAGUUGCCAAGGAUCUAGCCAAGAAGGAAGCAGAACAGUGGUAUCUAGACACCCUGAAGCAGGCUGGGCUGGAGGAAGACUUUGUGAGAAACAAGGGUCAAGGCACCCGGGCUGUUCAAGAGAAGGAGACCAAAGUCAAGGAUUUUCCCAGGUUCCAAGAAACUACAAAACUCAGCAUCAGAGAUCCAGAGCAGGGUUUAGAAGGAUCUCUAGAACAGCCUGCAAGCCCCAGGAUACUGGAGGAGCUGUCUCAUCAGUCACCAGAAAAUCUCGUAUCACUUGCUUAAUCACUACACUUAAAAUUACUGCUUUUGAAAAAUAUUAAGCAGCUAA